CAGGUGUGAACCACCAUGCCCGGCCUCAAGUAUUUCUUUACAGCAGUGUGAAAACAAACUAAAACCCCUUCCCUGAGGUGCCUUCUGCUUAGGCAACCAGCUGCCCCAUGUUCUUCCUCUGCCCCCUGGUCUUUCUGUUCCCCUGAUGAGGGCCAAGUGAUAAACAGGGCCAGCCCCAGCCCCAUCCUACUGCAGCCCGUGUGGCUGCUGGAGAGGCCUCGCUCCUUUCCUCACCCCGAGGGGCCCUGAUACGCUCUUUGGAUCCUGGAAGAAACUGACCCCUUAUUCUCACACUGGUGCAACUUCUUCCAAGACCUCAAACCUGGACAACAUGAGCCGGUCUUUUUAAAUGUCUCCACUUGCUAGGGCUGUCACUGGGACAGCACUAGAGGGUGAUGCCAAUGGAUGAAUGGAUGGAUGGAUGGAUGGACUGUAGUCCAGGGAUGAUGUCCCUGUCUGUACUGAAUUGGGCCCUUCCUCCAAUGAGCAGCCUUCCUGAGCGAGUUUAUACAAUUGUCCCUUGGUAUCCAUGGAGGAUUAGUUCUAGGGUCCCGGGGAUGCCAAAAUCCAUGGAUGCUCAAGUCCCUGAUAUAACAUGGCCUAGUAUUUACAUAAAAGCUAUGCACAUCCUCCAAUAGACAUUAGACCAUUACUAGGUUAUUUAUGAUACGUAAUACAAUGUAGAUGCUACAUAAAUGGUUGUGAUACUGUAUUCUUUAGGAAAUUAUGACAAGAACAAAGUCUGCACAUGUUCAGUAGAGACAUAACCAUCCAAUUUAUUUUCUGAAUAUUUUCCAUCUGCUGUUGCUGAAUCCACAGAUGCAGAGCUCCCGGAUAUGAGGGCCAAGUGUGCUUUGAGAGUAGGGUAGGUGAGGUUGCUAAUGAGUACAGGGGAGCAGGUGUCGAUCAGAGGUCCCUGCACUAAGGAAUCUGGACUCCCUAUCUCCGGACUUGAGACUCUGUUUGAAUGGCACAGGCAGACUCAGCCCCGGUCAAAGUUCACCCCUUGAAGCUUCAUUUUAUCCCAAACUCUUUCUGGACCCUGGAAUUUGGCAUCCCCUAGGCCCUGGCAGGAAGGACAGAUGAACCAGAUUUUAGAUAAUGUGUCCGGAAUAGAGUGAGGCCCUACUGUGUGCCUGGCACUUUCCCCACAGGAUCCUUUAGCUAGAACAUUCAAGGGUCAUGGAGAGAAAUACCCAGUUAAAAUAUCAGAAAUUUAAAAAUAGAUACCAUUAGAGACACAAAAAAGACCGUUAGAUAAUAGUAUUAGCAUUUGUAUUGUGAGAUUCAACAGUAGUGGUCACUUCCCCCCACCCUUAUGUGUAUCCCAGACAACCCUGGGCGAGGAGAGCUGAGGUUAGGGAACACCCGUGGAUGCUCUGAUACUGAUCCUGAGCCUCGGGGGUGACAGUGAUGAGGAACUGGGUGCACACAUGAGUGGGGCAGCCAGGCCUGGCCAGAGAAGGCACACACACGUGCACAGAUGUGUUUACCCAUGUACAGGUGUGCACGCAUGAACACAAACACAUUGCAGGCAGGCAUGUGGCCGCCUCAGGCAGCGGAGGACCCUGACUCUGGGCCCUGCUGACCCGGGCAAGGCCCCACUGUGAUGCAUGCCAUGACCUCAGAAUGUCACUGGCGCUUAGCACCAAUCCGCUCUCCGGCCUGCCUCUGUGUUCUAUGGCAGUUACCCACGCACAGUGGUAUCAGCUACACACGCACAGUGGUAUCUGGGAACAGUUUUGUGGACUUGAAGGUUUUCUACCUGAGAGGCAUAACGCAGGCCAACUGAUUCAUCAGAAUCAGGUGAGUGUGACCUGCUCUCUUCCCUCCAGGCUGACUUGGGGACAGUGGCUAUGCUGUGGGUGAUGUUGGCCUCUGGGCAGCUACCGAGGAGGGUCAUCCCUGAGCACUCACCGGUCGUCCGUUCUACACUGCCCGUGUAGACGAUUGGCUCUUUCGUCCUCAUGGUGGCUUCAUAGAGUGAGUGCCAUUCCAUAGUGUACCCAUUCGACAGGUGAGAUGUCUGGGGACAGAGAGGCGGUAACCGGCCUGGGAAUCCAGAUAUGAACCUGGGUUUUGCUCUCACCCUUGCUGUGUACUGUGCUGGAAUUCAGGCCUGAACCCUGUGACCUCCCUGCCCUAGAUCCCAAGUCUUCCCAGGUUUCCCAUCGCAAUGGGGCAGAGCCUGGCCCUGGCAGAGCCACUGGGAUAGAUCCACUGUGGGUGGGGGGGAUAGAAGGGUCCUGAGAACACCUCUGUGCCCUAAACUGGGUCCUGAUGGUGGCUGUGGGCCUCACUGAACACACAUGGUCCCUUAUCCUGGGGAACCUUCUGCCUUUGGGUAGUUGUGGAAAAUGAAGGAGCCCUGGAGGGCUGACUGGGGGGAGACCCUCUUCCCUUCUGUUCAAAGGGGUCCAGGCACUGGGGUUCUCUCCAUGUAUUUCUUGCUCUGUCUAGUCCUCUCGAGGCCUCACCCUCCUUUUGCCCCAAGUGUUCCAAGGAGGGACAGUCCAUCCAGGUGUUCUCCGGGACCAAGGACCCACUGUCCUUCCUCAGUGACUCAUGAAAGUGAAGCCCCCUCCUGUAAGGACAGCUCAGAAUGGUGGAGUCCACAGUCCCUCCCCGAGUGAGGGUUUCCACUAGCACAAUAGAUCAUUUUCAUCCCCCAAACCGAACACCCUCCUGCUCAACUGGCAUUAUUCCUAAAGUGGCUUCUCUGUUCAGACUGAAGGGCCACGGGAGCCAAAGUGAUGAGUGGAGUAGAACAGAGCAGUCAGGAGAGAUCUUGUUCCCUGUAGAAAACUGGACAUCUCUGUGGUCCCUGAGCAUCCCAGGAGGCCGAUUGUACAGCGAACUCUGGUUGCUGACCUCAGUCUCCCUCCACAUCCCUGGAAUAGCCCAUCAUGAGCCCUUCACCCUUGGCAGGUGGACACGUUUCAACUUGCUGGGGGAGGUAUGUCCCCAUUUCAUGGCAAUUGGAGACGACGGGAUUCUCUGUCCAGGUCCCACUGUCCUCAAGUCCUUGGGAUGAUGCCCACCCCUGCUUGGGACUGGAGACUCAGAGACUCAUGCAGGUGUGGGACACUAGGUCUGGCGCCUUUUUACCCGGGGGCGGUGGUGGAAUGGGGGUUACACAACCAGCCAGCAUCUGGGAGCCUGGCGGGAAUGGUUCAGGUGUUCUCCAAAGCUCUCAAGUAAAAGGUAACUUUUAGAAGAUUUUGUCUCACAGGAUGGAAAUCGUAGAGGAUGCAGGUAGUUUGCGGGCACAGGAGCGAGAGAAUAUCAUUAUGAACUAUGAGAAGGGACACCUAGCUGGGCUGCCCGAGGACAUUGGGCCUCAGCCUGUUGGAAUCUACAACAACAUUGAUCGCUUUGGGAUUGUGCAUGAGACAGAGCUGCCUCCUGCCACUGCUCGGGAGGUGAAGCAAAUACGGCGGGAGGUAACACGAAAGAGCAAGUGGAUGGAAAUGCUGGGACAAUGGGAGACAUAUAAGAACAGUAAAAAACUGAUAGAUCGAGUAUAUAAGGGCAUUCCCAUGAACAUCUGGGGCCAAGUGUGGUCAGUCCUCCUGAACAUACAGGAAGUCAAGUCGAAAAACCCCAGAACAUACAAGGUCAUGAAGGAGAAGGGCAAGAGGUCAUCUGAACACAUCCACCAGAUCGAUGUGGACGUGAGCAGGACAUUAAGGACUCACAUCUUCUUCAGGGGUCGAUACGGAGCCAAAUGUGGAUUUAAUAAAACAUUUCUCAAAGUCAAAGGCCCUGAAGAGCUCACUGCUUAUCUGGUCAAGCUGAGACACAAAAAGGAGUCGGGGCAUGGACUUCUGGUGUCACCUGGGUCUGACUACCACUUCAGAACAAGAAAUGACACCCUCCUCCUGGGUCUGCCCCAAAGCCCUGGAGUUUAUGGGGUCGCAAUACAGGAUGGUGCCAUCAGAGACAGUUUUGACAAGGUGCUGAAGUGCCUGAUGGACUUGGCCUUUGUCAUGAAAUGA